CCCUGCCUUUACUUCCUACACCCAACCUUGAAGCAUUGUCCCUGGCUUUCUGCCAGCCUGAAGGUGGGUGUGGCAGCCAGCGCUGGAGACGGAGGCCCAGGACCGGUUCUGGGAGCCUCCUCCAAGCUCUGGAACCCUCUUCCCUGCCCAAGGUGACCCAGAACCCCACCCGGCACCUGGCCUUACCCCCACAGCCGAAAGCCUUGGCCCCCACAGUCCCCAUCCAGGCAGGGCUGGCAGCAGGUGACUGGAUGGCGCUGAGAAGGGCUGGGUGAGUGGGGGCGUGGGCCCUGCAAGUGCACUCCUCAGCCAAUCAGAGGCUUGCCCGGCCGGUGGAUUCGGUUACAAGGCCAAGAUCACCCCAUACUCCGGCCUCUUUCCUCCUCCUCCGGCAGCUCCAUUCAUUGGCCCCGCUGCAUGGAGCCUGCUGGGCACUGCUUCCGCUCAGCUGCUGCCUCGUGGGGCAGGCAUCCCAGGGGCUUUGUCUGGCCAGGAUGGGCCGGGCUGGGCUGGGGGUUCUGGCGGUACUGCUGGAGGCACUAAGCUUCCUGGCGUUGGCUCCGGGGAGCUCCCCUGCUCUCCACGGGGACACCACCUCCUGCCACUUGGUCAGGUCCAGCCCUGGCAGCCCCCUGAGCUCGCUGAGCUUCCUGGGCAAGGAUGCCCAGCGCCUGGCACUGUUCCACGCCCGCUGGGAUGCGCACGGGAGGCUGCAGGCCUGCAGCCGGCAGGAUGAACCGAAGCUCACAGCAGCGUAUGGCGCCCUCUGCACUCAUGAGACCACCCGGGGCUCCUUCAUCCACACCCCUGGACCCGAGCUGCAGAGAGUGCUGGCCACGCUUCCAUGGGAGGCCUGCCCAGGGGCAGGGGCCAGGGAGAAGCGAUCGGCCAGGCAGAGCGGAACGCCUGGCGGAGGGCGCUUGCGGGUGAAGAGGGGCUGGACCGUGCCGGGCACGCUGUGGUGUGGAGUCGGGGACUCUGCUGGGAACUCCUCGGAGCUGGGGAUCUUCCAGGGCCCCGAUCUCUGCUGCCGGGAACAUGACCGCUGUCCGCAGACCAUCUCGCCCCUGCAGUACAACUAUGGCCUCCGCAACUUCCGGUUCCACACCAUCUCCCACUGCGACUGUGACACCAGAUUCCAGCAAUGCCUGAGGAGCCAGGGCGACUCCAUCGCCGACCUCGUGGGCGUGGCCUUCUUCAACGUGCUGGAGAUCCCCUGCUUUGUGCUGGAGGAGCAGGAGGCCUGUGUGGCGUGGUACUGGUGGGGCGGGUGUAGGACGUAUGGCCUGGUGCCCCUGGCACGUCUGCAGCCCAGGACUCGCUACAAUGCCUCCUGGAGCUCCCCAGCCUCCUCCCUGCCUCCCAGCCCCCCGAGCCCAGCCCCUACCAGACCUGCAGAGAAGCCUCACCUGCGGAAGUGGUGGCCACGGCAGAAGGGGUCCCGGCGUCUCAGCACGGCCAAUGCCACAGCCCCCCAGUCCCCUGGGGCCUCCCCCAGGCCUGGUGUGGGCCGCACAGCCCAGCCUGGGACCCCUCAGCCAGGCCUCCAGAACCCACGGGGUGAACUCAAAGGCCAGGGUGCCCACCAGGCCUGCCGCAGCUUCCGCCGCUUGGAUCAGUGUCAGCUCCGGAUUGGCUCCCAGGAAACCAAGUUCCAGCUGCUCAAUGGGGCCCCUGGGCCCCUCUUCCACUGCAACUGCACGCGCCGUCUGGCGCGCUUCCUGAGGCUCCACAGCCCACCCCCGGGCACCAGCGUGCUUUGGGAACUGCUGGGCACCACCUGUUUCACGCUGGCCCCGCCACUAGACUGUGCUGAGAGUGAAGACUGUGCCAGGGACCCCAGGGCCAUCAAGGUGUCAGCUCGGCAUCUUCGGCGGCUUCGGCUUAAGCUCCAGGAUGAAGACCCAGCGGCAGGGCAGCCAUGGCCGUCAGAGCCCCCAGGGGCUCCCGUUUCAUUCUAUGAGCAGUGCUUGCAGCUAACCCAGGCGGCCUGGGAGACCCAACGGGCAGCACGAGGUCCCGAGCCAAUGACCCCAGCUCCAGCUCUCCCGGGCACCAGACUGGGCAUCGCCCCUGGCUUUGCCAGGCCUUGGGAGUCCCGGCCUCCUCCCCAUGAGUUAGAAUGAAGCAUGGCAGAGGACAUGCCGACAGCCUGGAGGCUGGCUGUGGCGGAACCCAAGGCCCAAAUGCUGGACCGUGUCUCCCACUGCGCUGGGUGACACCGAGCUAGUCACAUAACCCCUCUGUGCCUGCACGUCGUGUUCAGGAGGCUCCCUCUGAUUCCCUGGGCUUAGACCCCGCCAGGGGAUUUCACAUCCCGUUGGGGAGGGGAUACCUUAUUGCAGUCGCCCCAGGAGGUGUCGGGGUACCUGCUCACUCUUGUAGCACAAUUAAUACAUCUCAAGGAUCUGCCUAGGGGAGCCCCAGCACACGGCAGCUGAGGCCCAAGGCAGCAAGUGAGGAUAUUAGGGUUGUCUCAGAAUGGCUUACAUCUGAAUCCAGGAACGCACGCCUGACUCUAGGGGGCGCUGGAGAGGCCUUCCCAACUCCCCUCUUCCCAGGGAGGCCCCCUGUUUUCAACACUCCCUCGCUCAGCUCCCCUGGCCGGUUCUCUCUGCCCUCAGCCUACAUUCAAACCUCCCCCUCGCCUUUGCACCAGGGACCUCCCCGCCACUCCUCUGAGAAAGGGAGUCUUAGACAGGAGCUACCUCAUAAGGUUGUUGAAGAUUCAAUAGGCAAGCAGUGUUUAACACCUAGUAACUGUUCCUCCCCUUCAGCACACAGCCAGUCUGUGCGUUGCUGUCUGAUCUUAACUUUUGGAGGCCUCAGUUUGCUCGCCUGGAAAAUGGGUCUAAGAAUGGCACUGAACCUGCAAGGCUACGGUGCAGAUGAAAAAAAAAAAUGAUACAAAUGCCCCCAGGCG